CACUCUGUACGUUGAUCAAACUAAAAAUCCUAUUGGAUUUCUUAACGUCAUCCGAUAUGACAUUUGCGAAAAAAAUCGUGAGUUUCUCUUUGGUACUCAAUUUGUGAUGUAUGCUGCAGUGUUCGCCUGUCUCUUUGAACCAUGGUGACUCAAUACAGUCUUUCGUAACAGUUAAAAAAAUCAUUAGAAAAUGCCAGUUCCCCGCCGUAUUUAGUGUUCUAUGGCCUGUGAUGUCUCAUAAUCGUUAGAUCUUUAUACUCGUAAGCAUACACAAUGCACAGCGAAACGCUUAAUUCGGUCAAAAUUUGAAGAGUACCACGUCGAGAAAUGGGUUCCAGGCUAAGAGACACAGCUCGGCUGUUCGAAUUGUUUUGUGAAGUGUCACCUGGGGACCCCACAAAGGAACCACGAGAGCCGUAUAUCAUCAGAAAAUAUCCAGAAGGACUCAGAACAGAGGAUGAACUAAAAGAUGUUCCUAAGUUCACAUUCCCCUGUGAAUUAGAUAGUACAUUCGUCCAGCACUAUUCGUUUGUGAUGACGGCUGUGGAUUCAAAGUAUACGUUUUGUUUCUGCCGAUACGACCCCAGAACGAACACCGCUCUAGUAAUAAUGUCUCACUUACCAUGGCACGACAUAUUUUAUAAAUUAUUAAAUAAUAUAUCGAACCUAAUAAACAGUCCAGAGAAGGGAGAGCUGACGUCGUUCCUCGAGGCGUGUCGGAUCCGGCCGCCGAUGAAGGAUCACACGCUGAAAGUGACGUACAACGCGGGUCGGAGCGUGUUCUCUUGCCAAAACCCCGACGGCCGGCUUCCGAGCAUCCCUGAAAAUUGUAACUUAACGGAAUACUUCAGCGCGGUAGACACAAAAUGCAUGGCAGGGUUAUGGGCAGCAUUACUACACGAGAGACGAGUCGCCAUCGUAGCAUCCAAGCCCUCCCGGUUAUCGGCGUGUGUCCAGGCGGCCAACGCGACUUUAUUCCCGAUGUCGUGGCAGCAUAUAUUUAUACCGAUUCUGCCUAAACACUUUGUGGAUUAUCUGUUGGCGCCCAUGCCGUUUCUUAUUGGAGUUCCAGCUAGCGUUAUGAAUACUGUAAGGAUGUCGGAUAUAGGAGAUGUAGUCGUAUUAAAUGUAGACAAAAACGAACUGAGAUCUCCCUUCCAAGACUUAGAAAGUCUUCCGCCUGAAUUGGUAUCCAGUUUGAAGAAAGCUUUAAGUGAUAAGAAUGCAUUAGGAGACGCCGUGUCGCGCGCGUUUUUACGGGCACUGGUUGGUUUAAUAGGAGGGUACCGAGACGCUAUAAGAAUCGAAAAAGGUCAACAAAUAACGUUCAACCCUGAGGCUUUUGUGAGAACUAGAAAAAAUAUGCAACCAUUCCUUAGAAAAAUACUACAAUCACAAAUAUUUCAACAGUUUAUAGACGAAAGGUUAGAAUUGCUCAAUUCCGGCAGAGGCUUUAACGACGAGUUCGAAGUUGAAUGUAACGCCUACGCCGACAAACUAGGGACGGGCAGCGGCCAACGACUGAAACAGCAGUACAAAGACUGGGCCAAGACUGUAAAGAAAGAAGGCGGUGCCUUCUUUAAAAAUUUCAAAGAUAAGGCGAACCCCGCGGUACAGUCAGCUGUCAACACGGUCCGGCAAGGAGGUAAAAACAUGAAGUCAGCGGUAAAGGGUCUGAAGAAUAAAAUACCCAAGACUGGUUCACGGCCGUCGUCGAUCAAUACUACGGAUGACAGCAGAUUCUCAUGCGGCUCAGUAACGCCGGUCUCCUCGGAUUCCUCGGAGUCGUCGCCGUCCCGCGACCCGCCGCUGCGCGACCCCGCGCCGCAGCUGCCCCUCGACCUGCUCACGGAGAUGGAACACCUGUUCAAGAACAAAUCUCGCCGAGACAGCCUGCCGAGCAGCCCGCACAAUCAGCUGAGUCUAGCCGACAAAUCCAAAACACUGUCACCAAGUGUCCCACCCCGGUUACCGGAUCGUCCCCAACUCCCCCUCCGUUACCCAAUAAUUUCCACGAGGAAGUUGAUAGACCUGUCCGACGCACCCGCGCCGCCUCCCCGCGCGCAGCACCACGCAAACCACUCGCAUUUCGUCACUAACAUCACCAAAAACAGUGACGCGAGCGAUUUCCACACGAGCACUAUUCAGUUUACGGAGGGCAAGGAGAAGGGCAAGCUGAAGCUGACGAUGUCGACCACGCAGAGGAAGCUGUCGGACAGCUCGCCCGCGCCCCUGCCCGCGCCCAACGGCUUCAAGCCGCCGCCCGCGCACGCGCCCGCGCACGCGCCCGCGCAAGCGCCCGCGCCUGCUCAGGAACCAAAUAGCUUACCGAGGCCCGUGGCCCGAAACCUGCACAUACCGAAUAGAGGGAAAACUCAAGAGUCGUGUGAGUCCACUGAUCUCAUAAAACUGGACGAUUCGCCGACGAAUCUAGAAGAUUUCGAUCCUCUCAAGUGCCGUGAUAAAAAUGAUAAAGUGGAGACGAACAAAGCGACGGACAGUGCUCUCUUGCACGAGUACGGGUUGGACUUUAGCCAGUUCGGCUUCGGCCUGCUGGAGGCGCCGGCGCCGGGCUCAAGCGCAGAGGCCCCGCCCUCCGCCGUGCCCAAGGGCUGGACUACCUUCAACUGAGUGAUUUGCUAUACUUUUCUGUAUAUUUCGCGUAUAUACCAUAUAGUCCCGUGCUAAUUUAAUUAUUUAUUUAUUGCUACGACUAUUGUAGCCAUGGAGUUUGAGCAACAUACUCAUUCUUUAGAUCGAUAUUGAUGUACAUAAUGUGACAUAUCAAUGAAAUGUAAAAUAUUGUAUUGGUAACACGUCUUAGGUAAAGUUUUCUGUAUAUGUGUCGUAGGUUAAUGUAAUGUAAUGUCAUAUGUAUAUUUCAGAUAGAUCAAUUCUUUUUAUGUGCAGAAUAGUCAAUAUUUUUUCAAAGAUCUUCCAUGUUGUUAUUGUUUCGGUUUUAACAUUUUAUACCAAUACUGUAUGUAUAUUCCCGUGAUAUUUUUAAACGAGACACUCGGCCUUUGUAAAUAUUCGGAAGGAAUCGAUUAGAAUGAUAUAUUAUUUCUAAAUCAUUGCUCGGCGAUUUCAACAUCGCACUUUCGUUCAAAAAAUAAUAUAAUAAUAGAUCUAAAUAAAUUAAGGACAAAUCUAAAAUAACAUAAUUUCAGUAUAAUUCGAGAUCUUACAGGUCUACCUAUUGCUUUUCCGGCAUGUUAGACUCAAUUUAGUAUUUGUAUCAGAUACUGAUGAGUGUAAAAGUUUUCGAAAGUAGGUACUUACACAAUUUGAGAUUGCACAUCACAAUAGACACUGUUGUUGCCAAAUUAAAAUGAACAUCAGAAUUAAAAAGUUUUUGUACGAAAAUAUUCGCCUCAUAUUCAGCUAAUAAGUAGGUAGGUAGUUAUAAUAAAAUUGUAAUGGCGUUCUAUAGCACAACGUUUUAGGACCUGUUAUUUGUCUUCGCACCAGGGACAUAUAUGCUUAUGUCUAUGAUAUUGCUGUCGAUUUAAAAAACGCAUUAUUCUAACACUUUAGUAACCGAGUUCUAUAUUUAAACAACAAAUUCUAUCUGAGGCUUUUCUAUUCGCCAGACAUCAAUAUCGUUGCUAUAUGUCCAUGCCGCGUGACAACAGCGUCUUUGGAGAAAACAACUGAAUUCCUCAUAUUCUAAAAUGUAGUCAAUAAACAAUUUUUUUCCGUAUUUUUUUAGAGUAUAUUAUCUGUCAUUUAUAUACGAUUAUGUUGUCAAAAAGUACAAUUAGCCUUUAAUGAUAAGGUAAUGCAGUAAUUUGUUCUUAUACCAGCAAUGUCCUGGAUUUAAUUUAUGAAAUCGUCUUUUCAUAAGGUGCUUUUACAAUGGAAAGAAAGAAAGAAAGAAGAUACAUUUACUUAACGCCACAACAUAGUACA